AUGUCGGCGCAAGCCGAGCGCGAUGCGUUCCUUGCACGCGGGCCCAACACAACGCCCCGGCGUGCGCGUGCGCAUGGCGCCGCGGCGCUGGGCCUCGCUUCGGAUGCGCCAGAAGAAGAGGCGUACGAGCUCACGCACGACGACGAGCCUGCCGCCCCACAAGAAAACCCCCCGUCCUACCUGAUCCACGCGGGAUUCGACCCACUGACGCCGCGCGAGCACGGCUGGAUGCUCGCGUCGGUCGCGGUCGUCGCCGCGCUCACCGGCCUCGGUCUAUACCUCUGCUUCGUCCCAUAG